AUGUCUCGAGUCCGAAUAUCUGGGACACCCGCCUCAGAGGAAGCUUCAGUCUCCAACGUGGGUGACACAAGCAGGCCGCGACGCGGUGUUACUUUGUCAUCCGCAGAGAGACGCACUUUGAUCACGCUCUGCCUAGAGAACAGGGACGGUCUUUCAUUUCAGAGCAUGAAGAAGUCAUUUUGGACUCAAAUGUCAGCUGGGCUUCAUGGUCUUACAGGCAGGACGUAUUCUUGGCAAUCGUGCCGCCGAUGUCUAUUGAAAUGGGAGUUGGCGCAUCCGAGUCCUGAGGGCAUUCCAACCCUCCUGAGCUCGAAUGACGACGCGCCCGGGGCUUCGCAACGUCCCAGAGACACAGGCCGAAUUGUAGUAAAUGAGAGAAACAGUGGCCUGGUUGAUACAAUCGGUGAAACUGCCGAGACUGAGGAUGACGGCCGUGAAUUGUCCGAGUCGCCAACGCGUUCAAGCUCAGAAGCAAAUGACGCUAAUGAUAUUCUCCCGAAAACUCCUAUUCAACCAAUUCGGCGUGACCUCAGCCGUCCUCAGUGCCAGAUGGUGGAGGGAGAAACAUGCGAACGUACUUGCGAGCAGAUGGAAACUACGAUGGACAAUUUCCGGUCUCAAAUUAAUUCUCUGUCCGACAUUCUCCCGAUGGACCCAGAGGAGAGAGAGAAUAUUCACCGGGCAUUUGAAUUACUCAACGAUCAAGUCCGUACAGCGUUGAAGAGGUAUCAAGGGGGAAUUGAUUGA